GGUUAUUGUAAUUAGUGUCCCGGGGUGGUUAUUGUAAUUAGUGUGUAAUUAGUUAAGGGGGUUGCUAAAUACCGCCCUAGUUUUGAAUUAUCACCCUAACUUAAUUACAUUUUUAUCCUUCUACUUAUUUACUAUUUACACCUGCGAUAUGUAUAUAAAACAAACAAAGAUCAUCUUCUCCAUGGAAACAAGCGCCCUACCCCUCUUCGCCGCCGGUCAUUAAUCCCACGUCGGUGUCGUCAACCGAUGAGUGAAGAAGCUAACCGCUGGUACAAGAGUUCGAUUUUGAAUGCCCCCGUUGAACCGGGGGAAUAUGUUGGCAACCCCGGAGAACUUGAACCCUAAUUAGAGAAUAAACUCUUCCACGGACGCCAUGGAAGAUCUCGCUAUCUCCGCAAAGUUGUUUGUUCUAAUUGGCCAGAAUUCCUUACCUUACGAAAAUGUGGAAAUCCCUUAAUGCUCCAAGUCUGCAAUUUAUUUUACUAGCCACUGUUGUGGCUUACAAGCAAUUGAAAGAACAAAAGCAGAGGAUUGAAUUACUGAUCAUAAUGGCGGUGGCUCCUAGCAAAAGGAAGAGUUUGCCGGAAGAGAUUAUGAAGGGGAUUCAAAGUUGUAGCUUAUUUGCAGAGUUCGAUGAUAGUUGGUUUUACACUGCCAGUGAAUUAGAGGAAAGAGGAGGGUAAUUUGGUGAUUUACAUUUUAAUUUUAGUGCGAUUUGAAUCAUUUAAGGGCGACAUUUAGCCAUUCAGUUAGUUAAUCUAUCUGGUGUACCUCGAUGGGCCAUACUGGGCUUGCCCGUCGAUCGGCCCAGAUACACUAUGAAGCCCACGAACCAAGGCCAUUUCCGCGGCUAACAAGUAGCACAAAGGGCAAUUUAGUGAAUUUACCAAGCUUCCCAUUCGUUCAUAAAACGGCUACGGGAAAACUUCAUUUUUAGGGUUUCUCAGUACCAGCGGCAAGGAGAAGAAGGCAGGACGAAGAUCAGCCGCCGGUCACAUGGUUCUCAAGACUGAGCUCUGUAGGUUCAGUGGUCAGAAGAUCUACCCAGGGAGAGGCAUUAGAUUUAUCCGUGCUGAUUCUCAGGUUUUCCUCUUUGCCAACUCGAAAUGCAAGAGGUACUUCCACAACAGGUUGAAGCCAUCCAAACUUACAUGGACAGCAGUGUUUAGGAAGCAACAUAAGAAGGACAUUGCCCAAGAGUCAGUGAAGAAGAGGCGUCGUGCUACCAAGAAGCCAUACUCUAGGUCCAUUGUUGGUGCCACCUUGGAGGUUAUCCAGAAGAGGAGAGCAGAGAAGCCUGAAGUUCGUGAUGCUGCCAGGGAAGCUGCUAUCAGAGAAAUCAAGGAGAGGAUCAAGAAGACUAAAGACGAAAAGAAGGCUAAGAAAGCCGAAGUGACCAAGUCCCAGAAGUCGCAACCCAAGGGCGGUGCUUCCAGGAAUGCCCCGGGCAAGGGUCCUAAGCUCGGCGGUGGUGGUGGAAAGCGUUGAACCAUCUCUUUCCUGUUUGCCUUGUUCAGUGUUCUGUUUUGGAGAGGGUUGGAGAGGAAUAGAUGACAGCCUUGGUCAGAUUUUUUGUGUGUUUUUGUCAAAAAGUCUGGGUGACUAGAAUACCCAUUUUUGUUCACUUGGUGUUAUUACCAACUCGAAUUUUGAGUCAAGUAAGCUCUCUAAUGAUAUUUAUCUCUUGGAUCAUAAGCUCAUGGCCUGUCCUUUGUAUUUGGCCAUGCUUGAUGAAUAGCUUUACAAGAAUGUCAACUGGACGGCAAAAGCUUUGGCUUCUCUCUUGUCACGACUUAGGUAACCAGUUAGCGAAGCGCGAGCGGGAGCGUGAGAGCGUAUAUUAUAAAAGAAUUCAAUAUUGAGAGCGUGAAUAGAGCGUUAUUAUUAUAUUAUUUUUUAUUUUAAUUCUAUAUAAAUGGAUUUAAAAUUAAUUCAUAAUUGUUUUGUUAAAUCACCUCUAUUAGACUAUUACCAUUACGGUUUAAAAAGGAAGAUAUUCAUCGAAAAAAUGUUAGAUAAGAUAAUGUGAUCGUGUUUCGAGAAAAAGUGCCACAUCAAAAGUAAAAUAAGGUUUAGUAUAAUUUGCUUAUAGUAUCAUUUUAAUCACACUAACGGGAACUAGCAAUUAGUAAUAUGAAUUUCUAUACAAUUAAAUGAAGUAAGAUUUGGACACUCGAAAGUCGAAACUAAAUGAUCCACACUUUGCCACUUUCUAUAUUUUAAUCACAGCAACUGAAGCCACCUGCCAGCUCUACUGACUCGUGGAAGCCAUUAUCUAUUGGAAAAAAUCCAAAACUACCACCGUUUAAAAAAAAAAUUACAAAAAUACCACCCAGACGAAAUAAUUUCCAAAAAUACCAUCAUUUAUUAAAAACCGCUCAUUUAAUGAGCGGUUUUAUAUAAAACCGCGUCUCCAGGCGGCGGUUACAGCAAAAAACGCGCCCCCAAGGCUCGGUUUGACCUUGCAUGGCUGUCAAACCGUGUUGCCACGUGGCGGUGCAUCAAACCGCCAAUCAGAGGAGCGUUUAGACGGAUAAAACGUGUGCCAAGUCAGCAGUCCGUGUCGUCCACAGAAACCGCCUCCCCGAGGCGCGGUUUAACCGUUGGGAAAAUGAAACCGCUCCCCCGAUGCGCGGUUUGACCGCAGGGAAACUACAACCGCGUGUCUGUCGCGCGGUUUGACCGUCGGGAAUAUAAAACCGCGUGCUGG